CAAGCCUUCAAGUCCCGAUGCAACUUGCCGUGUUGUUCUCGCUGGUCGCGAGCGUCCUCGGCGCCAACUGCGCCAACAGCUCCGUCGUGACGCGCGCGCCGACGGCGUCGCUUCAGAUCCUCUCGUACAACGACGUGUACGAGAUGAAGCCCGAGGACGAUGCGACCCAGCACGGUGUGCUCGUCGGCGGUCCGUCCCGCGUCGUGCCGCUCGUCCACACAAUGCGCAAGAACUUUGAGAACAGCUUGGUCAUCUUUGCGGGCGACACCAUGUCGCCGUCGCUCUGGUCCGGUCAGUUCAAGGGCCUCCAGAUGAUCGAGGCGCACAACGCACUCAACGUCGACUUUGCGUGCCUCGGCAACCACGAGUUUGACUUUGGCAUUGACGCGUUCCUCAACGUCUCGAAGGCCUCCAAGUUUCCGUGGCUCAACGCCAACGCGUACGAGAAGGCGACGGGUCAGCUCCUGCGCGAGACGACCCCGCACGCGGUCAAGACGCUCACGUCGCCGACGAUGGGUACGAUCAAGAUUGGUGCGUUCGGCGUUAUGUACGACAUGAAGGACGACUCGAAGGGCAUGUACUGGACCGACCCGAUCGCGGCGGCGAAGGAGCAGGUCAAGUACCUUCGCGAAGUCGAGAAGGUCGACAUGGUCAUCGCACUCACGCACCAGCUCUGGGACGAUGACAACCGCUUCUCGCAGGACGUCAAGGGCGUCGACAUCAUCUACGGCGGCCACGACCACUCGGCGAUGCUGCAGUCGACGUUUGGCGCGUGGUACCUCAAGUCGGACCUCAACUUUCGCUCAGUGUGGGUCUCGGACAUCAAGUACUACGGCCCGUCGACCGAAGGCAAGAACAAGUUCGCGCCGUUCAUCAAGCAGAGCCACAAGAACCUCGCGAUCACGGGCGAUAUGCCGACGGACGAGGCGUUCGAAGGCGUCAUCGCGACGUACGAAGCCAAGAUCGCGACGCUCUUCAACCGUGUGAUCGGGUCGCUUUGCGCGGAGACGGACCUCACCAAGAAGGCCGUGCGAUUUGGCGAAGCGCCGAUUGGCAACUUUUUUGCGGACGCGUACAAGUCGUUCUACGGCAAGGUCCAAGUCGAAGUCGGCGUCAUGAACGGUGGUGGCAUCCGCACCGACAAGGUCUGGGGCGCCAACACACUCACGCUCGGCGACGUGGUCUCGUGGUCGCCCUUUGGUGACAUGAUGGUCGCGAUCAAGACCGACGGCGCCAACUUUAAGACGUUCCUCAAGUUUAUUAUGAACGCCAGCUGCGGCGAGCGCGUCGUCGCGGAGAACGGGUACUUUGCCCACGUCGCGGGUCUCUCGUACAAGAUCAAGUGCCUCGGCGUCAAGAACGCCGAAGUCUCGGAGCUCAAGUGGAUGUCGACGACGCGCACCGGCGACGUCAAGGACGACGAUGUGUUCCACGUCGUCACGUCCGAGAACGUCAAGGGCCAGUUCGACCAGUCGGGCGCCAAGAGCACCUUUGUCGUGUCGCCCAACGAGGCCUCGCGCGUCGAUAUGCUCUUGGAGGAAUACAUUGCGGCGCUUCCGGACCGCAGCGUGUGCCCCAAGGUCCAAGGUCGCGCCGAAAUCAUCAUUCCGUCCACCAACUAAGCCAACACGAAAUGCAGUGUACCAUACCACACC